CAGACGCGAGCGUGCGGUCGAUGCAAACAGCAGUGAGUUGCGUUGCGCGCUUGUGCGCUUCUGCUGAGAGCCUGAGCUAAACCAAUUAAGGCAGCGAUAAUGGUUGUGCUGACGACCUUUUGCCUAUAUGCUGCAAAGGUGUCAGCCAAACACCGACCGCUGCGUGAUGUGAAGCGUUUCAUGGAUCGUCUGCGUCUGAACAUUCACGGCGGCAGUGGCGGCACAGGAUACCCGCGAUACGGCGGAAUCGGCGGCAGUGGUGGCAGCGUGUACCUGAAGGCGAGCGACAAAAUUGAGCUAAGGGAUGUCGUCAAAGAGUAUCCCGACAAGCGCGUCAAUGCAGGCCACGGACACAAUAGCAAGGCAACGCAAAUCCUCGGCAGUCCAGGAACUGACGUCACGGUCAAAGUCCCUGUGGGAGUGUCCGUCUACAAUGGCCAGAAUCACUUGAUUGGAGACCUGAUCAAGCCUGAUGAGAAGAUCUUGGUGGUACGCGGGGGCCAGGGGGGCAACCCCAACAACCAGUACCAUGGACAGAAGGGCGAAGUCGACAAUAUCACUCUCAGCCUCAAGCUCAUCGCGGAUGUGGGCUUUGUGGGAUUUCCUAAUGCUGGCAAGUCGACACUCCUGAGGGCACUGUCUAGAGCGGCACCCAAGGUCGCCAACUAUCCUUUUACAACAAUCAGCCCAAACAUUGGAAUCAUGGAAUAUGCUGACCACCGGCAGAUCUCCCUCGCCGACCUGCCGGGCCUCAUCGAAGGUGCCCACCGCAACUUUGGCUUGGGCCACAAAUUUCUCAAGCACGUUGAGCGGACGAGCAUGCUGCUUUUCAUUGUUGACAUCAACGGCUUCCGUCUUAACACGUCAUCGAUGCACAGGAGCGCCUACGAGACGGUCAUGUCCCUGAACAAGGAACUGGAAAUGUACAAAGAAGACCUCCUCACUAAGCCAGCCAUUUUGGCUGUGAAUAAAAUGGACACUGAGGGGGCUAUGGAAAAGUACGAAGAGCUUUUGGAGCAGCUUGAAAAACAAGACACAUCCUCAUUGCACGAAGACAUCAGGCCAUCAACCCUCAUGCGCUUUGAUGAAGUCAUACCCAUUAUAGCGCGAGAUGCCAAGAACACCCUCCAAGUCAAGCAGAAAAUUCGCACAUUUAUUGAUAUUUAUAUUGAGCAACAUAGGAAAGCGGAAGACGUUUCGUUCGGACAGAGAACAGAAGGUCAAGUUUUGAUCUAAUCGUGUACAUGUAGAAAUAAACCUUUUGUUUGUAUUA